GUUUGCAUUUGCCCCUUGAAACAGUGCUUUUGAGAAAACAUUUCCCGACAAUUCUUUCUCAAUUUUCAAUGCCACUGCAAAACCAAUGGUUGAAUAAAUGAACUAUUCCUGUCAUUCAUGUCAAACACAACACACUUGGGCCAUGCUUAGAAUGACACACUAAAUGGGCCAUUCCGGGCUAUAGCACAAAGUCUUACAAUGCUGGAUUUAGCCUUACCAGGGUGUAAUGUGUUGGGGUCAAACAACAUGCCAUCUUCCCUGUUUUUUGAGUUUGGGAGCAGCUCUCAGCUCUUCGCUUUUUCUUCUUCAAGCUACAAAAAUGCUAGAAAAUGACAGAAUUUUGGAAGGCUUUCUAUUUGGAUGGGAAAAAUUCCAUUCCAUCAAUCACAAACAACCAUCAAAACCCAAACCCAAUCCUCAAAUAAAGCAGCAAUGGUCGAUGGUCAUGAUCAGAGACUCUCUUCCACACGACGACCUCUCCAUCUUCCCUCCCGUCGACCACGAAAAUCUUCCCAAUCAAAUUCAACAACAACAUAACCCGCCUUCCAGUUCAACUCUUUCACCACCACGGCCAGGUGCCAGCGAGGUCAUCCCAGCAUCCGCUGGUGGCGGGAUCGGAGAAUGGUUGGGAAUCGGGCUUGAGAUUUUGCGCGCCAAGAUGGUGAGCAUCGCUUGUUAUUUCGGUUACAAAAAUGGGACAAUGGGGAGGGCAUUUGGGUCUCUUGGAAGGGUUAUUGGGGUAGCGGUGGCGGCGGUGUUGUGGUGGCUUUGCAGGCGGCGGACGUGUAGGAAAGAGAGCGUGGAGCAGUUGAAGAGGAGUAUAAAGGAGAAAGAUGAGAAAAUUAGAGGACUGUUAAACCAGAUUGCUGAAAUGAAUCAACUAUUGGUAGCACGUCAUAAAGCUUUAGCUUCAAACCGGACCCAUUUAUAGCAUCUGUUUGAGAUGUUAGGUAAAUUUUCCGAAAUUCAUAAAAUAAUAUAUGUAAUAUAUAUUAGCAUGAACUAGUGUAUAUUUGUAGACUUGGUUGUUUCUUCAUCUGACAAUCAUUUUAGCCCUCAGUCAUGAUCAUCCCUUCCUUGCUUUCGCCA